AUGCCUGCCGAUCCAGAUGGUUGCGUGACCUUUGCUGUGUAUGUUGUGCCGAGGUCAUUCGCGCGGCUCGAGGUUCCUACCGAUCUAGAGUUCCGCGAAGUCAUCGAGAGCGAGGACACGACGCACACUUCAGCUCAGCGUAAGAGAUACGCUAUUGUUCACCGAACCCAAGUUGUUCAAGGGGCAGCAGAUGGAAUCGGCAGGAUAUUACUGUCAACGCAAACAGGCCAUGAAUCGGCCGACGUACACGUGAUUCAAAUUCGCAUUGCUUUUUGGCGGGGGAGACGCCCCGAGCCUUACAGGCCGAGAACGACGAAUGCACUGCACGUCGUCGGCGCUAUCGAGCCGUCGUCACCAUCUCUUCAACCUCGACAAGAUCAACAACAUAUCGUCAAGGGGAAACAGAUGCGGAUGAAAUCUCGCGUGGCUUCCAACAUCGACAUACUGCAGCCCACCGAUGCUUGGCAGCUUCUACAACUGCUGAACUGA